UGUUGAGUACGGCUUCCGCCGAAAAAACCAUUAAAAGCGUCGCAAGGAAACUUUUCUCUGCUUUAUAUUUGCGGUUUCUUCUCUGCAAACGCAAUUUUGUCAGAAAUCUGUUUGAAUUUUGCCUGCGCAUUCAAUUACGGCGAGUUUAAGCGGCUGCUUGCCGGAGACCUCCGCCAUGCGCGACGGUGCUGCUGUGGAAUCUCUCGAUUUGAACAGAUUGAAGGUGAUUUCUGCGCUCGGUCGCGGCGCAAAAGGUGUGGUGUUCCUUGUUCAGACAGCGAGUGGAGAAUUGCUUGCGCUUAAGGCGAUCUCGAGAUCUUCUAUUGAGAAAAAAAAGAAGCUCGCAAACGGAAGCAAUGGCGAUGAGUACCGUAGAGUUUUGUUCGAGAGAGAUGUGCUUGCCUCGUUUAAUCAUCCGCUGUUGCCAAAGCUUCACGGAGUUUUGAGAACGGACAAGAUCGUUGGAUAUGCAAUUGAUUACUGCUCCGGUCGCGAUCUGAAUUAUUUGAGGAAAAAACAGACUGAAAAAAUGUUCUCAGAUGAUAUUAUCAGAUUUUACGCUGCGGAAUUGGUACUGGCAUUGGAGCACCUCCACAAUUUAGGCAUUGUGUACAGAGAUUUGAAGCCUGAAAAUGUGAUGGUUCAGGAGAACGGACACUUGAUGCUAGUAGACUUCGAUCUAUCAACAAAACUCGUUGCCAAAUCUCCUGACAAUCGCUCGACAUCAUCCGAAUCAAAGCCUGAAAACAAGGAAAAGAAGAAGACGACGACGAAGAAGAAGAAGAGUAAAAAGCUCAUUUCCUUCUUCAAUCGCCGCUGCACGGAGAUCCUCCCCGAAGACUCAGUUCAGCUGGAAUCCGAGUCAAUCCAUUCCGAGUCGGACUCGGUAGAGAAAUCGAACUCGUUCGUCGGCACGGAGGAAUACGUCGCGCCGGAGAUCAUCCUAGGCAACGGCCACGAUUUCUCCGUCGACUGGUGGUGCCUCGGCAUAAUGCUCUACGAAUUGCUCUACGGCAAAACGCCUUUCCGCGGCGAGACUCGGAAGGACACCUUCUCUCGGAUCAUAUCCAGAGCACCAAAUCUGACCGGUGAGGCCACACAGUUGAGAGAUUUAAUUGCAAAAUUACUGGAGAAGGAUCCUAAGAAGCGGAUCUCAGUCCACGAGAUCAAAGCGCACGAAUUCUUCCGAGCCGUCGAUUGGAACACGAUCACCGAAAUGCCACGACCGCCAUUCAUCCCCGAGUUAACAGAUGUUGACAACGCAGAGGAAAUUGACGUAGAAAGUUACGUCCAAACUGUGUUCCAAAGCACCGAUGAAGCCAACGCCACCACCACCACCACAAAUCAUGACGAAAAUCCGCAUAAAGAGGUAUGGAUUCACAAUCAUCCCACGCAAAUUCAAAAUGACACACACAAUUUUUUGAUUUUUUGAUUUGAUGCAUAUACACACACAUAUAUAUGUAUUAUGUAUUCAGUACAUAUAAUCUAAAAGCCACAGAGAGUGAUUGAUAUUCGUUUUCGGAUCUGGAAACUAAUUGAAUUACAUGAUUCGAAUCUGUAUUUGUUUGAUAGCUGAGACAUGAACAGCCAUACAUACAUACAUGUGUUUUUUGUGGUUUAGAAUGGUGGAAUCAUUAAGCAUGAGGUGGAUAGGAAACCUUUUGUUUGUGCAUUAAGUUUUUUGCAUGUGCUGUUUGAUAAUCAUCGUCACCAACAAAAGUGGAAAUUAACUGCUAGUUUUGGAAUUUUGAAAAUUUUGUAAAAAGAAAAAAAAAAUAAAAA